GGGCACAGCUCUCCUUGUGGGUCCGUGACCGACACGCAGGACCGUCCUGGCGACGCGCAGCUCCAAACGAAGCCGGCCCUUCGGUUUCCCAAGCACGCAGCAUGAUAGUGUCGAUAGUGAGCGAGAUGUUCGAAGAGAGGAGCCGAUAGCGUUCGCCCGCGCAAAGUCUGCCGGCGCGCCGGCGAAGCGGUAUGCGUUGUCGAGCUUUUCAAACCUACGACGCCCAGAAAAAGUCGCGGUGGUGUGCCAGUCACCCAAUACUUGUGAGCAGAGCUCGCUGGACCAUCAAUGUGAGUCAAGCUGCCCGCACGAGCGGUGGUCGUUUGAAGGAAAUGUCAACGGAGCGGCGGCCCGCUGAAAAAUAAGGGCAAGCCGCACCACGGUGCUCGCGUCACCGGGAGCUGCCAGGGCCGCGGCGCGGCUGCAGCUAGACUUCGCCACGCCUUCCUCCUAAGCCUAAUGUGCGGAAUUCCCACGCACGGAAUGGAUUUCACGAUGUCGUCACACAGCCGCCGCCGCCGCCAAUUUGGGGCUUCCGACUUCGCCAUGGAGGCGUUCGCCUUCAUCUACAUCUUCGCGCAGUACACGUCGAUUAGCGUGUACAAGCUGCUGCUGACGAUCUCGGAGUGCGUCUACCGCGGCGACUCCAGCUGGCCAGACGUCGUCGCCAACUCGACGACGUGGUCGACGACGAGCUCGACGAAUGGCUCCGCGCAGCUGCUGGACGAGUGCGUCGAUGCGGUGAUGAACGCCACUGGCGGGACGGAGCACCCACGCGUGCGGGACUUGGUUUUCAGCCUUCCGCUCGUCGAACUGGCCUGCUCUCUGCUCGUCUGCUUGAUGGUGGGCGGCUGGAGCGACGCCCACGGCCGGAAGCUGCACUUCGUACUCGCCAUGACGGGUGCCCUGAUCAAGGACCUGUCCGCGUUGGUCUUCGUGCUCGCCAGGAUGCCCGGACGCAACGCCAUCUACGGAGUGACUAUUGUGUCGGGGCUCCUGGGGAGCCUCAACCUGUUCACGGCCGGCGCCCUGUGUCACGUGAGCGACAACUCUGACCACAGGAGCCGCACGUUCCGCAUCGGGACGCUCACAUUCGCGCUCUACUUGGGCAGCGCGGCAUCUGUGUUCGUCGAGAGGCUCUGGAAGCCGCUCCUCGCCUCCGACUCGUUCGUACGCAUCGCCGUGUCCGUGGUGGGCGCGCAGCUUGUGCUCGACAUGGUGUGCCUGGUGGGCGUGGCCAUGGUGGUGCGCGAGUCGCUGCGCGUCAUUCCCGGGUACCACGGGAACCCAUUGUGGAACUUCGUGAGCAUGCGCCAGGUCAAGGACGUCGCCAUGUUUGCGGCACGCAGGAGGCCCAGCAAGGCCAGGGGCUUCAUACUCGUACUCUGCGCCGUGUUUCUGCUGGAACGUUUCGUAUACUGCGGUGAGCAGGAGGUGUGGGCCGAGUAUCUGUUCCGGCGCUUCAGCUGGACCCACCAGGCGUCGCUGAUGCUGGGCCUGCAGUUCGUGUGCGAGGCCAUGAUCACGAUGCUCGCCGUGUGGCUGGCGCACAGCCUGGGCUUCCGGGACUCGUCACUGGCCAUCGCUGGCGCUGUCUCCUUCAUGGGCGCGUCGGCCAUCAAGGCGAUCGCGCUCACCGGCGGAAUGCACGGCAUCGCUGUUAUCGUCGGCUCGCUGUCCCCCCUUAUCGCCAUCGCAGUGUUGGCUUUGCUGACGAAGCUGAUUCAACCUGAGGAAUUCGGCUCCCUGUUCGCCAACGUGGCCGUUCUCAGUAUCGUGGCGCCCCUGGCAGCCAGCGUGGCCUACUGGGAAGUGUUCGCGGCCACGAAAGCCAUGGUCAGCGAGUUCAUCUAUCUGCUCUCCAUAUUCGUCAGCACGAUGCUCUGCCUGCUGCUAGUGUACGUCCGCCGAAACCUGCACCUCGGAAGCCUGGGAAACUUGAUUAUUCAGGAAGAAAAAGUGCCGCUUCUAAGUCCUAGGCAGCGGGACUUCGGAGCCGCCAUCCUGUGAGGACAUACAACUGGCCAAGACACGUCCACGCCGUGCAUUCUGAGAACAGCGCUUGCUACAUGUGUGUGUUAGUGCGCGUGCACUGUGACCGCAACGAUGGGAACAACGGUUCAGGCUCCUGCAGCUAGCAGACAAAGCUAUUAGGAGCCCAAAUACUCGGAAGACACACCGCUUGGUCAAGACGUGCGCACAUCGUGUCAUCUGAGCACUGUUGCUUGCUACGCGAAUGUGUACACCACGUGCGUGCUUGUGCGCGUUUUUAUGCGCAUCUGUGACCGGGACGCUGUCAGCGGUGGUUAUGGCUGCUGCUAACGAAAACGAAAGACAGGAGAAAACAAAUCACGCGCAUUAACCACCAUAUUCUGGGCCGGUAUUCUCGGACGGUCAGUUUUGGGGGACACUUUCACUUUCGCGAUGACUACAGAGUCAAAUGCACCGGAUCGAAAGCAUUCUUGGCACAGUGCCAAGCGAGCAGGCUGCAUUGGCACAGUGCCUGGCAGGCUGCCGCCCGCAGACGCUGACGCAACCUGCGCCAGUCAUGUGAAAUAUCGCGAAAGUGAAAGUAUUCCCCGAAAGUCAUCUUCUGAGAAUACAGGCCUUGAAACGUCGACUCCACUCGACACUCCACCUCAACUCGACUCGACACGAUAAUGAUGAAUGAAUGAAUUCACCUUUGAACCGAGAAUAUACGGUUAUAUGUACCACCACUCUCAAGCAAAUUAUUUGGGUUCUCAUGCAACUGUAAUGUCAUUAUGCACGUUUUAAUCCCACUUGUUGUCUUUAAAAAGCGCAUUAUUACACUAUACCGUAGUCACGUACCAAUUUUUAUUCAACGUCAUUGCGAGUCUUCUCCAUUUAUGCGCCACCAAUCUUCCAAACGUCUCUUGCUUAUGUUCUCCGCGGCAAUGUUUACCUUCUCAUUACAUGUCUUUAAACACUAUGCAAUCAUGAAGGCUCACCGCAUUUUAUCUACGCAUUGAAAUGCGCACUUUUGAUAUUCUAACGCGAUAUGUGUCGCAGUCUCCGCCGUAUUUUUGCAUGCUAUGCACGACAAUGAUGAUUAUAGUUCAUGGGAUUCUUUAUGAACCGGGAUAGCGACAAAACAUCACCAAGCCUGUGUGAGCAGCGUACCAGGGUUAUCGUAUCGUAAUCUAGCAUUCUACCUAUCUGUAUGCUUUAUCUCGUAACAUUACCAUCGUCUGCGACGACAUCGUCCCAAUCUCUUCCCUGCUCUUGUUCACCAACACUAGAAUCGUCCCCUUGCUUGUCUUCGCCUGUAAAUAGUUAACGCUCCCAUAAGCUUAGAACCCCAGCAAACCUAAAAGGAGCACAGGUCAUCUUGACGGCGCCGACUCUCGACUGGAGCGGUUAUUACGCUCCAAUGACGCCCCCCCCCCCCCCUCCUCAAGCGAUUCUAGGGCAAACGUUUUGCAACCAAAUACUCUCGGUGUCGAAUCGAAUGCUUUGGGGUGAAGGUGCUUUUUUUUUUUUUUUAAGCAACUCCUCCUCGCGCGAAUUACCGAGAAACGUUAUUGAACUGUAACGCCUACCUCGGCCGAUGUGUGGCGCUGUGCUCGACUCGACCCGUAAGGAACGUCCAUCUUCCAGAAGCGCUGGGAUUCAAAGCGGAUAGAAGCAUUAACUGGUCAGGUAAGUAAGAGACGUUUAGAGUAUUGGUGUAAAAUAAAGCAGGGAAGAGAAGGUAUAUACAGGCACAGGGAUGUAUCGAGGUUUUAAUGAAUGGGGAAAAUAUCAGAGAGAUAGGCAAAAUGCUAUACUGCUACAAAUGUAUUUACUGAUUGACUCAAGCAGGUCAGGUGACUGUUUGUCGCCGCCCCGUGUCGAAAGGGGAUGCUAAUAGAGAUCAUCAUCAUCAUAAUGAAACCAAGGAAAAGCUUCACGUCGACGGCAGUUUGUUGAACACGGGGAUAAAAGGCACUGUCAACUCUGCUUCUCGAACAAAUUUUGUCUGAAUAAAGAACGUUAAAGAAAA